AUGGAUACAGAAAGUAUGUUGUGUACCAAAAUUGCCAAAACGAACUAAUACUAAUACAUGUAUCUACCGGUAGACAGGAUGUCAUACUUCGUUUUACUUACCCAGAUUUUCUUAUUAUACGCAUCUUAGGUAGUAUUAAUCAAGUGAUGUAUCUCGGUAAGAAUUUCUUUGAUAUUCAAAUACUUUUUAUAUAUGUGUGUAAUUGUCUUUUUCAGGCAUGAGUGCACGAAUUUAUGACAUUAAAACUGGAACUUGCGUUUUACAAUUAGACCACUCCGGCGUAGUAUAUAACGAGUACAAAACGAAAGGUAUUGAUGGAAUCCAUUUUUAUAAAGACGGUAAAGUAAGUACGAGUGAAAUUAUAAUAUGCAAAUUCCAAAAAGGUUGCUUUAAAAAACGAUGGGGAUUUGAUAGCUGGUCGACAUACGGAAAUUUCGUUAUGAAAGAGUUCGUUUACAGAAGUUCCACUGUAGCAGAUUACGCCUCUUUUUUUAUAAAAAUUUAGUUUUUAUAGGUGCCGCAUAAAGAACCCGCCAUGCUUUGCCUGUAAUUUACUGUAAAAAAUGGCGGUUUCUUUAUGUCGGCGCCUAUAUUUCGUGUUUCAGUUUAUCGGUUACAAUAAGAAAACGAACAAUUGGGAAGAAAUGGGAAGGCGGCCUUAUCAAAUCAACUUUUCAAUGUGGUUUUUCCAUCGUGACGUUUUGCCAUUGGCAACAAUAGACUGUGUUGAAGAAAAUAGCGUUGUAACUUUGAGGCACUUUGACUGGUCUUCAGGUAAAACUAAUUUGUAGAAGUAAUUACUGAUGUUAUUUCGCAACCAGCCCCUCGCCCCCCAAAAUAAAAUUUCGAAAUAAGUUGAACAUGAUUCCCCUGUAAAUUUGAUUUUUGGAAAAAAAGUUUUUGCAAAAAAUCGACAAGGCUACUUUUAGGUCACCUCACUUCGAAGAAUUUUCAACCUAUAAACGACAAUGUGAUGGGCUUUGAUUACCUUAUACUAAGCAACCUUAAGACCACCGAAAGCCAGGUUACGGAGGAGUCCAUUAAUGAUGCACGGCGCCAGUUUGAUAACAUAAUACAGAACUUGUCGACAAAUUAUCUUCUUGUUUCUGCUUUACAGAUCUAAUUUAAACUAUUUUUUCGAACUGAUUAAAACUUGCAUCAUUAUAAUCUAAGAGGGAUUUUUUUUAGGUAGAGCCGGGCCUGAAAAAAAAGGUUCGGCCUGAAGAUCAAGGCCCGGCCCGUUUUCACGUAAAAAAAUUCAGGCCGAGCUUGAGUAAAAUUUUGAUCGGACUGAUCCUACCAUUCAAGCUCGGCCACUUCCUCAUGCCAAGCCAUAAAAAUCAACCUCACUGCAAAAGCAAAAGUUGACCCAAGAAUGUUAUUUCGGGUCAACUUUCGCUCGGUAAAUUAUUUCCGCGAAUUUAUUGCGGUUUUUAUAAAGAUUCGGACGCUUUGGCCAUCAUCCGAUAAAUUUUAUUGGAUACCAUCUUUUUUUUUCAAGAAAUUCUUUAAAAAAUUUGAAAAAGUUGGUUUUUUGCUUGAUGAAUCAUAGAUAAUAUAAUUUGACUAAUUUCAUUUCUCUUUGAUCGGAACUUGUAUUUAUAGUUAGCUAUGGUUAAUAUAAGUUAUUAAAUGUGUUUUUAUAAUAUUUUAAAUGUAAUUUGCAAUUGUUUUUAGGCCAAUAUGGAAGCAGGGGAGUUGAGAAUAGCUGAAAAGCUAAUUAUCCUCAACGAUCGAAGUUUGGGUAUGUUGGCCAGGAUCUACAAUGUUAAGAAGGCGUGUGCUGAUGCCAAAUCGAAGCCAAAGUAUUUGCAAGAAAAGAGUUUGGAGUCAGCUACUGCACAUCUUGUCAAAAAGUUUCCAUCCAUGGAUUUGAAACGAAAUUCGGUAAGGGUUCUUGAUUUUUUUUCGGUUUUUAGGCACAAAAUGACCUAGUCUGAAAGAGUGUGCAUAGAAAAAUGGACGAUAUAAAUUUACAAACAUUAAAAGUUGUGUUUUUUUCUGUAAAAUUCAUGUUUACAGCUGUUUCUAUUGACCUACUUCAGAAAAUUGAAAGUAGGGUACGGUAAAGUUACUGUAACUUUACAGUGCUUAUUAUUUUUAAAGUUUUCUUUUUUGAGUUAGUUGAAAAAGUAAAUAAUCUAUAAACAAACGAAGUUUCAUGUUUCUAGGUCUAUUUUUAAAAAAGUUACAUUAAAAAGAAUGGCAUUUUUCUCAAUUUUUGUGUCUAAAAUGGGUGAAAUUAAAAAUUUAGGCAUAUAUUAAUCAAAUAUAGGCUUGAAAUGAUAGAAAAUGUUUCAGAGUGCAAUGUCAAACGUUGAUGCAGUAAAAAGUGAUAUAAUGAAGAACCUAUCACUAUAUUACUACACGUUUGUUGAACUACUAGACCUAAAGGAUCACAUACUUCAACUACUCACUCAGAUGGAUGCAAAUCAAAUACAGUUGGAUAUUACUGUAAAUUAUGAUGUAACUUCCAGUUUUUUGACUUUAAUGUCAAAUUUCGUGUCAUUGAUGAUACUCUUGGGUCGAAUUGAAGAAAGAAAGGCUAUAUUAGCUUUGUAUAACGCUGCUUAUGAGUUGUCUAAUCAACGGUCGGAAUUGUCAUUUCCGAGGCUUGGACAGAUGAUUAUUGACUAUGACAACCCGGUCAAAAAGUUGGUGGAGGAUUUUGCGCCUAUCAAUCGGGUGAGUUUGGGUUAUAUUGUAGUAGGAUUAAAUCUUUUUAGCUAAAUAAAUUAAAUUUGGGGAUUUUUUUACAUUUUUAGGUAACAAAGAUACUGUAAAAACGUUUUUAAAAGUCAAGAAGUUCCAUUCCACAAUAAUUUUUAUAAAAAAUUGAAAUUUUUGAGAUAGCUAUGAGCAAAAUGAUGUUAUUCACUAUUUUAGCUGGUCCAAUCUUCACUCCGAAGCUUAUACGAAAUAUAUUUGAGACGAAACAUAUCCGCUGAACAGCUACGAAAUGCCGGAAUGAUAUCGUUAAUAGCUACACCACAACAAAUGAUAUUCGCGGCAUUAACCAACACAGUACCUUGCGAAUAUUUGAGUAUCGAAACUAUGGAUAAGUGGAUCAUAUGUAAGCUCUUUGAUUAUUUCUUUUAAUUUUAGGUAACAAAUGUUGUAGAGCAUGAUUUUUACUAUCUUUUGAUGUUAAACUCAUGUCGAUGGCUUUGAUAUUGGGUUAGUUACAUCAAUUUUUGUAGUCUUUAUACCUAAUGUCUCUACUCUAAUAUAAGUCUUUUCAUAAGUCAAAUAAAUCAUUUCAGUUGGCACAGUGGUGUGUCACACCGUACUUCUACAAGAUCAGUUCACAGUUCAACUGUUUCACAAAGUGUUAGAGCAUACACUGUCACUACAAUUGUUCAGAGACGAACCUCUACUCCUUUUCCCAUGGUUAAUAUCCUUCUUUGAAGGUCAUAAAGGGUCUUCUAAACGAAUCCAAGAGCUAAAACAGAUGUCUCAAGAUACGUCGCAGAGUUGUGGAAUAUUCCAUUUGUACAGAAGACAGUUUAUUCGAAAUGCCUUGAGGGAAAUGGCUGCUUUGUUACAUGAUCAACCUGGGUUAUUGGGUAAGAGAUUUUUUUAAGUCAAUAGUACGUAAAAAAAUAAAAUUAAAAAAAUGUUUUAAAUUUGGCUUUGUGCGUUUAAAAAAAAAUUGAUUUAUGAAAAAUUAUGAUAUUUUUAGGUAACAAAAUUUAAAAAUUUUUUCUGGGUAGGUUGUUUAAUAUGCCCCAAUUUCAGGACCAAAAGUACUGUUUGUAUGGAUGGGCCUCUCGUUUGCACGAGAUGAAGUCCUGUGGCUAUUACGACAUGCAGACCUAGUCAAUGUUAACAAGAAGCUGCGAGCAGCACUCGAGAAUGUUGUCCAUGAUCGAUGUUUGGCCGAAAUUCUCUUUUAUAUGGCCGAACUACGCCAAAUUGUAACCGAAAACAUGGGCAUCAUCAGCACAUACUACCGUAGCUUCAUGUAUUCAUACGAUUCUGUAGCAUUACGGUCAUUUGUCGAAGAUAAUUCAGGAGUUUUGGCUACAAUAAAGGAAGAAGAAGGCGAAAUGCUACGAUGCUUCGUGGACUGUGUAUCUGGCAUCAAGGAGCAGGAUGUGAGGCUAGAUGGACUGAGAAUGGACUGGUUUAGGAUUCAAGCUAACACCAGCUUUAGAAGGUCAAGGUUUCAGCUGAAAGAGCAUAAAGAACUGGCUUCUUUAUGUAAUAGCACGGUGUUUCAUACGAAAAUGAUCGACGCUGUGCCAGAAAUGAUAACAGAAGUCAGUGAUCUCUCGAUUUAUUGCUUUUAUCCACAGCAAUUCGAGCAACAGUUGAAGGUGACAUUGAAUUUCCCGGCUCAAAGCAGGUAUUCAAUAGCCUUUGUUCAUGUCACUUGCGAUUUUGUGAACGCCACACAUAAUAUGUGCCCGGAGGAGAAGGAUCACAUCAUGGAGAGGGGUAAGGGUUCUAUUUUUGGAAAAAAUAGAUUAAAAAAGUGAAAUACAAAGUUUAAAAAAAUUUAACAAAUGUUUUAAAAUUCAAUUUUUUAUUACCUAAAAUUGAAAAAUCACACUGAAAACUUAUUUUUCAGCGGUUCUCUCAGCCAAUGCCUCGCUGGAAAUGUUAUCCAAGCAAACCGCUCGCUUAUUCGACGAAAUGCUGAAAGAAGAACAUCAGUUAUCAGAGCAAACCUCCCCUCGAAGCUGUGCCCAAAUGAUUGCUGUAAAAUACUACAAUUUCGACGAGAAAAAGUCCCAACCAUAUGUUCAGAUGCCCGGCUACGAGUCGCAUCGUCAGAAGUCGUCGGCCACCGAACUCACAGAGCUGGAACGACGAAACCUGUACCUGGUCGAACUGUGCCAAAGUCUAAAGCAAUGUGAGCGAAUCAAAGUAGUGGAUCACCUCUUCCACCCGAAAGCAUUCCUCCAAGACAAUCUGGAGGUGUUCUUCAUGGAUAAUCUAGUCAAUUUUACCAAAAAUACGACCGGUACCUAUCCGAAACGACCGUCCGAAGUCAUGGAGUACAUUCGAACUGAGUUGGCAACACUUCAGAGAAUCGACGAUUGUUGUAGGUUUAAAAAUUAUCUUUUUGUUUAGUUUUAGGCUUAUUUUUAAGGGAUAGAAAAAUUUUUUGGUCGGUUUUAUAUUAAAUUGGCAUUGAAAAUUGUAGUUUUAAGGUUUAAAAUGGUUAAACUUGAUUGCAUUGUGCAUUCUAAUAAAAUGAUUGCACAGUGCAGCCCUUAUUAAAUUAAGACUGCACUGUGCAAGCAAAAGAAAAGGUUGCACGGUGAAGUCAGAAAAAGAUGGUUUUCACGGUGCGGUAAAACAAAAAAUGGCAAAAACUUUCUUUACAGAACACAAAAUGGCAAGAACUUUCUUUACAGAACAAAAAAUGGCAAGAACUUUUUUACAAAGUUAAAAUAAUAAAAACUGUUAUAGUGAACAUCAAUGUAUCGCAAAUCUUCAACGACGCUCUCCUCCAACAAACCCAACCUCUGGACUCUCUGGGCCGCCCCACCGUCUCUCAAAUCUACUACACCUUCUACUCAGAUCUCCUCCACAAAGCGUCGCUAUGUCAAAUCAUGUACUCUGACCACUUCAAGUCCUUUGUCUCAUCAUCAGACACCGACCUUCAAGCCGACCAGUUCACCGAUGCCAAGGAAUUACGAGCAUUGGCCCAAAUUAUCGGCCCAUACGGCGUAAAGUACAUAACGGAGAAGGUGAUCAACUUGGUGUCUUCACAAAUCGGCGAAAUAAUGCGAGUGGUACGACAAGAUCCACAGCGUGAAAUACUGAAGAACGCUCGAGUAUCGUACUCAUCACCAGACAGAAUGAGAGAGCUGAUCCGAGCCCUAAGUGAUCCGAAUAUAGCGGCGCAGUUGCUUCAGAACGGCCAUAAAAAGAGUGCCACAAUGCAGAGUAACAGUAAGUGUUUGGUGUGAUGUGUAAAGGGUAGGCCAGGGGUGGGGUGGGUUAACAGGUAGCUACGAGAAAUUUUUUAUAAAAUUUGCAAAAACUCUAAAAUUCCAUGUUUCAGUGUCCCUUCACAGUGCAGGCUCAUCAAACGCCGGAGGCUCCAACUCUUCUGCCGCUUCGAAUCAAUCCCCCACUAACAGUGGAUCUCCAAUCGAAUCCGUACUACAAAGAGUGACAAUCAUUGGAGAGAUUUGCGCCUUCAGAGACCUAAUCUACGAUGCCAUGAACCAUUGUCUACAACAACGAAUGCCAUUCUUAUUGCAUUCGUUGGAAGAUCUAGUAGAAUCGAAUCCACAGGCUAAGGGUAGGCUUAUUUUUUAAAAAGAUUUUAUUUUUUUAAAUCGAAACUAUUAUCGAUUUUAUUACCUAAAUUUAAAAUUCUCAUUUCAGUUCGAUGCGCUGAAAUAUGCGCGGCCGCAGGCAUGAAGCAAGAGGUAGACAUGGGCCUGGUGGCAGUGCUACGAACCAAGUUUGGUCUCCCAGUCCAAAGAGGUGUGAUAACGAACGAAAUCGAGCGAGAAUACUCGAACUUUUGCCUUUGUAUCGUGUUCAUAGCUGUAGCAUUACCUUUCUUGUCCAAAAAUCGACAAUCCAUCUAUCGGGCCAGCUUGAACAGUAAGUUUUUAGGGGAGGGUAAGAACAUUCUUUGGGGGAGGGGGUGAUAAUUUUUUACUUUUCAGUUUUUCAUUGAAAGUCGAAAAGGCAGUUUCAAUUUUUUGAAUAAAAUUUGAGGGCGGGGUUAAAAACAUUUUUUAGGAGGGGGGAGGAGAUAAUUAAAAUAUUUUUAAAUAAACUUAAAGCUAUUUAAAUUGCCAUUUUCAGCGACGGAAAACAACUGCCACACGAUAUCGAAGGCAAUAUCUACAAUAAGUGGCUGCCUAUUCGCAAUACAUUCGUUCGAUGAGAUACCGGACAGGAUGAGGGAAUUCCUAGCGGUAAGUACAAUUUCAUCGACUGGUGAUAAAAAAAUUCUUAGAAAAAAAUUUGAAUUUAUGGUAGGGCUAUUCAUUGGGCAUACUCUUUGUACUCAGUUUUUUGAUUGUACUAUGCAGACGUUUUCUUAAAUGCACAGUGCAGUCAAGAAAUGAUUGCACGGUGCAUCCUUUUUUAUUAUAGACUGCACCAGUGUUUUGCCGGACCGGUCCGAUUGAGAAUUUUGUCGGUCCGGUCCGAAAAAUUUUCGGUCCGGAAAUUUUUUUUUUAUUUUUAAAAAAGAGCCAGGAGCGCUAAAACUGCUUUCUUUACGUUUAAAAACUCUUAAAAAAAUGUUUUAUUUGCAAUUUUUAAAACAGUUUUAUUAAAAUAAAAAAAUUUUUUUUCCGGACCGGUCUGGAACUUUUUUUUCGGUCCGGACGGGUCCGGCAAAACACUGGACUGCACAGUGCAUUAGAAGAAAAGCUUUGCACAAUGCAGUCUAAAAAAUACGUUUGCACGGUGCAGUUCUUCUUAAAAAAGAUUGCACGGUGCAGCUCUUUUUUAAAAAAUGCACAAUGCACUCCAAAAAAAAUGUGGGGGGGGGGGGGGGGAAACCCCCUCCCCCCCCCGGAAAAAAAAUUUUCGAAAAAAGUUGAACAUGGUCCCCCCCUGUGGAUUUUUGAAAAAAAAACUCAAAAAAUUGGCACAGGUACCUGUGCAGAUUUUUUCGACCACCGCCCCCAGAGCAAAAGCCUCCGCCCGCUCCUGGUUACCUAUAUAUAAGAAAACGAUUUCAGCUAGCCUCCCGCUCCCUGCUCCAAUCCUCAAACACAGCCGAUCCCGAAGCCACCCGCCUCAACCAAUCCCUGUACAUUUUGCUGGAACAAAUCGUCAAGGACUCGCCCUGGCUCAACUACAACCUCCUCGAGUCCUGUUUCCCCUACGCCUUGGUACGAUCCGCCUAUCUAAAUUCGUAUCGAGCCGAAACCUUGCCACCUAAUAAGUAA